AUGAGUAUUCAAGUGCAUUUCAACGACGUCAACUUGUCAGUAAUAUCCAUUCCAAGGUCAAAGUUAUGGAUCUUUGCCAAUUCAGUUGUACAACUUUUAUAUAACUCAAUCGGAGAUGAAAAAAAGCACCACGACUCUUUCACAAUUAGCGAAGAUGGCUCAGAAAGCGAUGCUGACGAUAAGGAUGAUAAGGGGACAGAUAUAAAUGAUAUAGGAAGUCAAUUUGGAAAGUUGAAUACUGAUUUUGAGGGCUCUACACGCAAGUCAGUAGAUAAUUCAAGCAAGCCACAAUCACGUCGAACUCCCACAAACGACUAUCUCAAUAAUGACAAAGAAGAACCUGAAAACGACUUUUUUCACGUUGCAUUGACGCCAACUGAAUGUACCAUUAUUUGCUCCGCGGGUCUAUCGAACAGAUUUUUUGAUCAACCGUUGAAGAUGUGUCAAGAAUUAGGCUAUUCUGACGUGGAGAUUCUACCGCAACAGUACUUGAGCUUGAUAGUUGACUCAGACGGAGGAUUUGCCAAAUCUCGCAGAAUUUUGGAAUUGACAAAGCCUUUAUCUGAAAACAACGUUGCCCUUUUUUACAUUUCUUCUCAUUUCAACGACAUAGUUCUCAUCCCAUCUAAUUUGAAGAAAAGAGUGGAAAAAAUCUUGAUCCUGGAACAUUUCAUCUUUUCAGAAUCAUCAGAUAGUUACAUAUCAACUUAUGAUGUAGGCGAAAAAGAGGAACUCGUUUUGUCGGAACUGCAUAAAAAGACGUUUGAGUUGUUAGCAAAAGAAGACAUUCACCCUCAGAUUCACGAAAAGCAUAAGCUACUACUUACAGGAGCCAGACCAGGCGAAAUAAAAUAUUGCAUAUUGAAAACGAUAAAAUUGAUAUCGCUAGCAACCACCUCACAACCCUCAUAUUUUGCAAUUACUAGGACAUUUUCAAACGAGCUAAGUUUGAUACUACCAAAAUCACACAAAUUGAGAUCCAAAUACGGGUACAAAUCAACAAGCACUAUUGGUUCGACUCAAGAUGUGCUAGUGCCUAUUGCAGUGGACUUAUCAAAGCUUCCUCUAAACUGUACAGGUAUAGUGGCUGGGUUAGCUAAUGAAUUGAUUAUACGAGGGGGAAAUGUGCUUGAAAUUGGAUAUUUGUCAAUGGCAAAGUCCGGUAUUAUAUUGAUCCCCGAGGAGGACUUAGACUUGGUGAGGAACACUUUAAGUGAAUUUUGA